UUGAGUGAUUAAGGGGAGAGAAGGCAUAGAGUUUUUAUUUCUGAGAUUUACUCUUCUUCUUCUCUGAUGGCUUCUUUCCCUGAAUCAUCUCCUCCGUCAAUUCAAGCUCUUCUCCAUCUCCACCGUCUAAUUCCAAUUCAACCUCCUCCACUCCACCGUCUCCUCCUUCUCCUACUCAAGGAGACUCAUCAUCUCCACCUCCUGAUUCCAGCUCGCCACCAGCUCCACAAGGUCCUUCUCCUCCCACUUCCAACAAAAACUCUCCUCCUUCUCCGGCAUCACAAGGCGGGGGAGGAAAUGGUGGCGGCAAUGAGUCUCCACCUUCACGUGGCUCCCCUCCUUCUCCUCCUUCUAGGGGCGGAGAUAAUGGUAGCAGCAGAACGUCACCGUCUGGAAACAAUGGGGGCUCUCGCUCAGUUAAUUCUCCUUCUAGCGGGGGUGGUGGCGGUAGUGGUGGAGGAAAUAAUACGAAUACGGCGAUCAUUAUAGGUGUACUAGUUGGUGCUGGACUAUUAAUGAUUGUGCUUAUUAUUGUGUGCCUUAGACGCAAAAAGAAGAGAAAAGAUUCCUUCUACGGUGAAUCCAUGAAAGAAAAUCAAUAUCGAUACUAUGGAAACAACAAAAAUUCUUCACAGAAUUACCCAAAUUGGCACCUAAAUUCACAAGGUCAAAACCAAAAACCUCCUAAUAGUUGGGGAGGCGGUGGACCAUCACCAGCUCCUCAUCAGCAGAUACCUACAAGUGGAGAAGCUUCCUCCUUGUACUCAGGACCAGCACGCCCGGUUUUACCUCCUCCUCCGCCUACACUAGCCCUUGGAUUUAACAAAAGCACUUUCACAUACCAAGAGCUCGCAGCCGCAACCGGAGGGUUUGCAGAUUCUAACCUUUUGGGACAGGGAGGUUUCGGCUAUGUCCAUAAAGGGGUGUUACCUAGCGGUAAAGAAGUGGCAGUUAAGAGCUUAAAAUCUGGUAGCGGACAAGGAGAAAGAGAAUUUCAAGCUGAGGUUGAUAUCAUUAGUCGUGUGCAUCAUCGAUAUCUUGUUUCUUUGGUUGGAUAUUGCAUAGCUGAUGCACAGAGAAUGUUGGUCUAUGAAUUUGUUCCUAAUAAUACUUUGGAGUAUCAUCUUCAUGGGAAGAAUCUUCGAGUAAUGGAUUUCUCCACCAGGAUGCGGAUCGCCUUAGGGUCUGGGAAAGGACUUGCUUAUCUUCAUGAAGACUGUCAUCCUCGGAUCAUUCACCGUGACAUCAAGUCUGCAAACAUUCUCUUGGACUUUAACUUUGAUGCAAUGGUGGCUGAUUUCGGAUUAGCUAAAUUAACUUCUGAUAACUACACUCAUGUAUCUACCCGUGUGAUGGGAACUUUUGGAUAUCUAGCUCCAGAGUAUGCAUCAAGUGGUAAGUUAACAGAGAAAUCAGAUGUUUUCUCGUACGGUGUCAUGUUAUUGGAACUAAUCACUGGAAAACGACCGGUUGAUAGUAGCAGCACCAUGGAUGACACUUUAGUAGAUUGGGCUCGUCCAAUCAUGGCUCGCGCGCUAGAAGAUGGAAACUUUAAUGAGCUUGCAGAUGCUAGGCUUGAAGGUAACUACAACCCACAAGAAAUGGCUCGAAUGGUGACUUGUGCUGCUGCUAGUAUUCGCCAUUCUGGGCGUAAACGCCCAAAGAUGAGCCAGAUUGUAAGAGCACUAGAAGGAGAAAUGUCACUGGAUGCUCUAAACGAAGGUGUGAAGCCUGGAAAUAGCAACGUUUACGGGACAUCUGGAACUAGCUCGGAUUAUAGCCAGACAUCGUACAAUGCAGACAUGAAGAAAUUCAGACAUGUCGCUUUGUCGAGCGAAGAGCUCCAAAGUAGUGAAGGUGAAGGAUCAUCUAGCACUGACUCUCGAGAGGUUAAAAGUCCUGCUGCUCCUUCCUAAAUGAAAUCUCUUUUGAAACAACCAGAGAUGAAUCUACUUAUCAUGGUAAGAUUAAUGAAAGAAAGGAUUCUUGAGGGAUUUUGAGAUUUACAGAAUAAAGCCAUGUAAGCAAAAAGCAAUGUCAUUGUUACGUUCAGAUUGUUCUGUACGUAUAAGCAAACCCAUGAGACACUUAUGAAAUUAGGUUGGACACUGAGAUUCUUUUUUGGAUCAAAGACACUGUGAUUUCUGUAACUUUCAAUCACCCUAAUGAUCUCACCCAUGUGUUUCUUCA